CGCCGGCCUCGAGGGACUACAGCUCCCGGCGUGCCGCGGGGCGAGCCACGGGAACCGGAGGCUCUGCGGUCCCGCUUCCGGCGCGGCGCGCGGGCUGCUGUGAGGCAGCAGUGCCGUUGGGGCAGAGGGUUUUCUGCAGAAAAGAAGGAUACAGUCUCCAAUUUGGUUCUGUCUUGUCCAGGACUGGUUUCCUGUCUGCUGUCAGCAUGGCAACAGCAUCGCGUAGAACUGUGUGGUCUGGUAUUCUUUGGAUGCGUUCAUUGGCAGUCUGUAAACAGGCCCCAGUACAGAGUGGAGCUGUAAGUCAUCCUUGCCAUAAAUCUACUUACUCGGUUCUUCCUGACGACUACAAUUGCAAAGUGGAACUUGCAGUGACAUCAGAUUUGAAGACAAUCGUCUGCUACCACCCGUCACUUGAGAUUCCAUAUGAGCAUACAAAACCCAUACCACGGCCGGAUCCAGUGAAUAAUAGAGAAGAAACCCAUGAUCAAGUAUUGAAAUCCAGAUUGGAUGAAAAGGAGCUACAGAACAAGAAAGGUCUUACAAUUGAAGAGCUCAGCAAAAUGUUUUACACAACAAAACAUCGCUGGUAUCCAGUGGGACAGUAUCACAGAAGACGCAAGAAUCUUAAUCCUCCUAAAGACAGAUAAUUAACUUCUUGUUCAUCAGGACUUUGUUAUUAAUCUUUAUUGGAAAUAAAAAAUCCAGAAAGUGGAAUUGGUUUAAUCAACUCUACAUGAGUGUUUUAAGUAAACUGUGCUUAUCUAAAUAAACUUGAUUACAAUUUC